AUGAAGUUGAUUUUUGUUACUUUCUUGUUUAUUUAUUUUAUUGUAUCAAUUUAUGGAGGCAAUUUUGUAGUAAUUUCAUAUACAAAAAAUAUAAGAACUAAUUUUAAAGUAUAUUCCUGUUUUUUUACAAUCUACAAUAGUAAAAAAGAAAUGGCUCAAGAAAUUGCAAAAAGGUUUUCAGAUAUACCAAAACAAUAUUUAUUGUUUAAGUUAGAUGGAAUAAUUGAUGGAAAUAAAUUUAGUUCAAUUACAAAUAAUGGUGAAUAUUUUAGGCUUUCAAUGAAAAACAGCAUAGAAAUAAUUAAACUUAGAGCAAAUAUACAUAUAAUUAGUUUAUUUAUGUUUUCUGGACAAAAACAAUUUGUGUGUAACUUAGGUUUUUAUUCUAAUUAUAAGACAGCAUCAGAAUGUAUUGAUGAUUUAAAUAAAUAUUCUAAAUUAAAAUCACAAGCUAAUCUUUUAGGAAAAAAUUCAAGAGCAAAAACGUAUUGGUAUAAAGUAUGGGGAACAUGUUAUUACUAUUGUUUUUCAGAAAAAAAUUUUUAUGUAAUGAAAGCAAAAAUGUUGAUGGAAAUAAACAUAAUAAGAAGUGAAUAUAAUCGUGGUCAACUUUUUUUAAAUGAUAAUCUUUCAUUUCUAGCAGAAAUAAUUGCCCAAAAAUAUAGUAAUUCAACAAAACCUGACAAAAAUAUAAAAAAAUCUGUUCAAAUUAUUGAGUUAAUUAGUAAACCAUUUGGAAAUUUAUUAGUCAAUAAAUGGUAUAACAAGUAUUUAGAAAACAGAAUUACACCAUUUUCUAGAAAAAGUACUGUAAAGCAUUUUCAAUUAUUAUUUCUUUCUAGAGCUAGAGAAAUUGGUAUUGGUAUUGCUAGUAAAGGAAAAUUUUUAACAGUUACUAUUAAAUUUUAUUAA